CAGCCAUCUGCGUUGUUUCUAAAAGUAAACAUGUCUCCAUUGAUCGAGAUUACGUUAGUCAAGAUGAAAAAAAUAAAUGACUUCACAUCAUUGCUGCCAACAAGCAUCAUCAUCCUCAACACGAUAACUUAUAUCUGGCCAGGUUGCAUCCACCAGGGCCUACUAUUAAUUACACGCUCAUCUUCCCCUUCCUUCAGGCCAUUCAAAGAACGCUCAUGAUCCUAUACACACAUACGCUUGUAGCCCACUCCCAAAAUCCAUCCCUUGCACCCCAUAGACAAGUAAUGAAAAAAAACCCUCCCACCC